UUUGGUCCAACCUAUUUAUCAAACAUCUUCUCCUUCGUCUGCAGCUCCAUUAGUAGCAGCCAUACCAUCACCACGUUAUCAACAACAACAAUCAACCCAACAACAACAACAACAGAUUCAUCAGCAACAUCAAAUAGUGGAUGAUGAUUUAUAUUCUAUGGCUACUAGUCAUGCUUCGACAAAUACUGCUCCAACUUCCCCUGUUUUGGUACCCAUGAUGGAUGAUGAAUCAGAUCCUGAUGAACUCGGUCAACAACAACAACAAGAAACAGAUGGACCUCAUACUUGUCAAUGGGCAGAUUGUCGUUUGGAGUUCCCAAUUUUAGAUCAUCUUAUCGAACAUAUCAAGACUUUACAUAUCGGAAGUGGCAAGCCUUUAUACUACUGUCGAUGGAAAGAUUGUUCAAGAAAUCAAAAACCAUUUACCAAACGUCACAAGAUGCACAAUCAUCUAAGAACUCAUACCGGAGAACGACCUUAUAUUUGUACUGAAGAAGGUUGUGGCAAACGAUUCUCCCGUCCCGAUUCAUUGGCAACUCAUAUCAAGAUUCAUACCAACAUUCGACCUUAUUCCUGCCAACAUCCAAAUUGUGACAAGGCUUAUUAUCAUUUACGAUCGCUACGAAAACAUGAGAAAUCGCAUGAAAUACCACCACCUUUACCCACCACUUCUUUGAUGGACCAUCAUCUCUCAGUUUUAGAAUUGAAAGAUUAGUUAGAUUGUUAUCUUUAUAUAUAUAUAUAUAUAUCUAUAUAUAUAUUCUUUAUUUGUGUGUUUUAUAUAUUUUGUUUUUUUGUGUCGUAUACCCUCUCCCUCUCUUUC